AAACCUCCUCCUUCCACUAAAAUUCAGAUGAUGUGGGUAUUAGAGCGUGAAAUCCACCCGCCCUCAACCAACAUAUGAACAUAGUAUUUCCCUUUCUUUUACCAAAAACCUUUUUCCUAUUUUCUCAUCUAAAAGUUUUCAGACUUCCGCCCCUCUUUAUGCUUGCCGUUUCCAGAGAGCCAGCCGUUGAGAAAUAUUGUUUCUUUACAAUGACUUUAUCCCCUGAAACGUUACUUGUCGUAUUGGCAAUUGCAAUGUGUUCCCUUCUGCUCCUUUUCUCAAUUGCAGUCGUCAUAGUAUUUCAUUGCUGUAAAGUUGAAUCACUUCAUAAUUUACCGCACGCAGUACUCGAGAGAACUCGGCAUUCAGUAAACUGGGCUCGUCAUUCAGUGUUUAGUCAUUCUCAAUGUGAUGAUUUUGAUGAAGAAAUGUGUGGAGACACGUUGCAUCGACAGUUCUUACAGCCUCCGCCGACUGCUGUAUGAAAUAAAUUAUUUGCACGGGAUGCUCGAGUUGUGUUCAAAAUUCUACAUGGUAUGUCACAAAAACAAUCAAAAAUUUAAAUGUAUAUCUUUAAUUUUUUCUUGACAUUUUUCCUCAUCGCCUUAUUAUUUACUUUUCAUUGAUUAAUUUAUGUUCAAAACUGAUACGGUACAAAUAAUAUUUUCCGCAAUAGAA